AUGUCAAACGAAAUCCUCGUAACUGGCGCCGCAGGCUUCGUUGGCCAGGCCCUAGUCUCUGCCCUCAUCAAAUCCGACCCCUCAGCAACCCUUACAAUCACAGAUGUAAUCGAGCCCCCCAUCCCCGCCGAUGUGGCAGGGGAAAGCAACAAGAUCAACUCCUUGAAAGCCGACCUCACCGACCCGGCAGCAGUGAGCUCUCUGCUCUCGAGGCAGUUCUCAGCUGUCUACCUCCUGCACGGCCUCAUGUCCGGCGGGGCGGAAGCGAACCUCGACCUAGGCCUCAAAGUCAAUCUCGAUUCCGUCCGAGCCGUCCUCGAUCACCUCCGGAAUAAUUACCCCGGCACCACGGUCGUCUUUACUAGUUCGUGUGCAGUCUACGGCCCGCGUCAGCCUGUUAUCGAGAGCGAGACUGUGCCGAAGCCGCGGACAUCGUACGGCACCGAGAAGCUUAUUAUCGAGUUGCUAGUGGAGGACUUCUCGCGGCGUGGGCUCAUCGACGGCCGCAUUGUGCGACUUCCUACAGUCACAGUGCGACCUGGCGCGCCUUCUGCUGCGGCAUCGAGUUUCGCGUCAGGUAUUGUUCGUGAGACUCUGAAGGGCAUCAAAAAUGUGUUGCCUGUUAGCCGUGAUCUCGAAGUCUGGGUCUGUAGCCCCGCUACGGUGGUGAAGAACCUUGUUAAGGUUAAGGAUGUGCCGAAAGAGAAGUUUGGGGAAUCGAGAGUCGUUAACUUACCUGGUAUCACCGUUACGGUGCAGGAAAUUCUUGAUGCGGUAGAGAAGGUUGGUGGCAAAGAAUCAUUGGCACUCAUCGAAGAAAAGAAGGAUGCCGCCAUCUUGGCUAUUGUAGAGACAUGGGCCGCUCGGUUUGAUGUGAGCAGGGCGUAUGGCCUGGGUCUGGAACCUGAUGGUACGAUUUUGGAGGCCGUUGAGGCAUUUGCGAAGACUCUUCAGGCAUAA